UCAUAAAUCCAUAAAAGAAGGCGCGAUAUCGCAAAGAAUCGGAUCCGAUAUUUGUUGGAAUAUUUCGAUUCCAAAAACAACAAAUGAGUUCCUACUUCGUGAAUUCGUAUUCCGGCCGCUUCCCAAACGCCUGCGACUACCAAGUAAGUUACGCCGAGCACCGGGACUCCGCCAUGCAUCACGCCGGGUACGGCUACGGCUACGCCGGCAUGGACCUGACCGUCACCCGGGCAGCGGAGGACGCGCCGGGCGCCUCCAACCCCGGAGGACACUCGGGCUGCGCGGGCUUCGUGUCCUCGGACGACGGCCGGAAGAAGAAGAGAACGCCGGUGACCGACUCUUUCCCGUCCGCCGCCCGCGGGGACGACCACCCCGGUGACCGGAGCCAGCCGGCACCGAGCGCUCCACACGCCGGCCUCGGGCUCCCCUCGCCGGCCGCCUCUGAGACGCAGCGACGAGCGGAGCCCGACGGCGCGGCAGACGACACGCAAGCCGGGAUGAGGCGCGCACAGGCGGGACAGAGGCGAGAAGGCGGCCCGGUGAGCACCGGAGCGCCGGAAAUAUUCCCCUGGAUGAGAAAACUGCACAGCUGCCACGAUCGAAGGAGUCCUGACGGCAAGCGAGCGCGGACGUCGUACACUCGCUUUCAGACCUUGGAGCUGGAGAAGGAGUUCCACUUCAAUCGCUACCUCACGCGCAGACGCAGACUUGAGAUUUCUCACACGCUCUGUCUGAGCGAGCGACAGAUUAAAAUCUGGUUUCAGAACCGCAGGAUGAAGUGGAAGAAGGACAACAAGAGCAAAAACACGGCGGGAACUUUGCAAACUUAGAAAAUAUUCAAAAUCCAAGAAAAUAUUCGACCGGUGAAAAAUGUUGCAAGAUUUCAUCAGCAAGAAUUUGCAUGCCGGACUACAAUUCGUCAUGUAGUACUUUGUGUACUGUGUGUUGUUGUCGUGACCACAACAUGACUCUUAUGGGUCUAAAUACUGUGCCAAAGUGGACUGUCGAUUAUUACAACUUUUCAAAUCUGAAUACGUUUCUGAUUGUCUGUGUGCAUAUUUUGUGGCGUCAAGUAAUAAAAAUAUGAAUUCAAAUAAAACAAA